AUGAGCGGGGUGAAUGCAUACGGCGGACAGAAAAAGACAGAUAGCUUCCGGCGCAACUGGGACAGCGAGUUGUAUGAUAAGAAGGCGCGCGACCGGGAGCAGCAGAGCAAACUCGAUGAGGAGGACGCGGAGCGGCGGCGCAAGGGGCUGAAGCCACGCUCACAGCAGACGCGCGGCAACGGCAAUGGCAGCGACGAAGCAGCCGCGGGAGCUGCUGCAGGCACGCAAGCAGGCGGUAAAUCUGGAGGGCAUGAUGGGCAGGGUGCAGGUGGUGCAGGCGUCGGCAACGGCGGCUGGGCAGCCGGGUUCUAUUGCAAAGUGUGCGACGUGACGGUCAAGGACAGCCUGACGUACCUGGACCACAUCAACGGAAAGAACCACCAGCGCAUGCUCAACCGCAGCAUGAGCGUGGCGCGCGAGACGGUCGACGACGUGCUGGCCAAGCUACAGGCGCUGCGUGAUGCCCGCGGCGCCAGCAGGAGCAGAGCACCAGCGAGUCAGGCGGCAACAGCAGCUGGACGCUGA